AAUGAAGCUCAUGAAACUGGAUCAGGGACAUUAAGAAAUUGUAUGGUUGUUCAAGCUUCUUUCCACAAGUCAGGAUGCCUGGGGAAGUAAGAGGAAAUUUCUUCAUGGGAAUCACAGGAGUCUGGAUUUUGGCCAUGUCCACGCUCGUGGCUGUGGUGUCCUCUGGAGACCAAGAAAAUCCUGGGCAUUGUGACCUUUCAGGACCUCCAGGGCCUCCUGGUCCCCCAGGUUAUCCUGGGUAUCCUGGCAUGACAGGAGCCCCUGGCCUACCAGGACCACCCGGGCUGAAUGGGAUGCCUGGAGAUAUUAAGAACUGUCCACCCCGACAAAUGUCAGCCUUCGCUGCCAAGCUAAACGAGCCGUUCCCAGCCCCCUCCCAGCCCAUCGUCUUCAACGAAACCCUGCACAACCAUCAGGGGCACUUCAAUCUCACCACGGGGGUGUUUACCUGCGUCAUCCGGGGGCUCUACCACUUUGGAUAUCACGUGGAGACGUUCCAGCGAGCUGCCAGCGUGGGGCUCAUGAGGAAUGGAACUCAAGUCAGCCAGGGAGAAGCCCAGGCUGAGGGUGGUUACGGCCACCUCUCAGGAACUGCUCUCUUAGAGCUGGGGCAGGGCGACAAGGUCUGGCUGGAGUCCAAGCGGAGCCAAGCAGAACCUGAAAAAGGAACGAUUCAAACUGUGUUUUGGGGGGUUUUGCUUCACGCCAAACUGCCCCCUUCCUAGAGAGGGUCUAACUUCGAGGACACAAUAUUCCUCUCCUCUGGUACACUUUAAAAAAAAAAAAAAAAGAUCGUUCCACAUAAAUGAAA